CUGCCCGCCCUGCCGCGGGGUUCCCCCUCCGCAGAGGCGGGCGGCGGCCCGGCACAGCAGCGCGGGGAAGGAAGGGCGGGAGGUGGUUCCUGCGAGCGCUUAAAGCGGCGCGGCCAGCCCUCCGCGGCGGGGAAGGCGGAAGAGCGAAGCGGGAGUCUCAGCCCCUCUCCGGAUUUAUAUGCACCUGGCCGGACUGCUGCUCGCCCUGGAGAAGAAAGAGGAGGGGCAGCAGCGUGACCGCGGCUCGGCGUCCCCGGCCAUGUGCUCGGUCAGCGAGGGGAGCAGCACCGACCCCUUAGUGACCCGCUUCAGGCAGGUGGAGGAAACGCUGGAGAAGCUGCACCGGGAAAACAGGAGCUUGAAGAACAAAGUGCCUCGGUACAACGCGCUCUGCGCCCUGUACCACGAGUCCGCCCAGCAGCUGAAGCACCUCCAGCUGCAGCUGGCGGCCAAGGAGGCCACGAUCCGGGAGCUGCGGGGCAGCCUGGCCCGGCAGCAGCAGGCGGAGCCGGGGGCGGCGGGCGAGGAGCCGGCCCGCUCGCUGGUGGAGAGCUUGCUGGAGCAGCUCGGCCAGGCCCGGGAGCAGCUCCGGGACAGCGAGAGGCUCUCGGCGCGAAAAGUGGAGGCUCUGAGCCAGGAAGUACAGAAGUUGAAUCAGCAACUAGAGGAGAAAAAUGGAGAGAUACAGCAAAUGAUAAAUCAGCCUCCAUACGAAAAGGAGAGAGAAAUCUUACGACUUCAGAAGAGCUUGGCAGAGAAAGAAAAAGCUCAGGCCACCAGCGAUGUUUUGUGCCGUUCACUCACUGACGAAACUCACCAACUUCAGCGCAAAUUAGCAUCCACAGCAGAAAUGUGUCAGCACCUGGCAAAAUGUCUAGAAGAGAAGCAAAGAAAAGAGAAGGGGAAAUCAGACGACCAGACACCUACUGAAAAAUCCAAUCAGCUUUUCGACAAUGAAACUUCACUUCAAGCUCUUAUCUGCAACCUACAAGAUGAAAACAGGAUGUUAAAACAAAAAGUAGCUCACGUGGAAGACUUAAAUGCAAAAUGGCAGAAAUACGACGCGAGUAGGGAUGAGUAUGUGAAGCGACUCCACUUGCAGCUGAAAGAGAUGAAGUCACAGCUGGAGCAGCAGCACGGCCUGACGUCAGCACAAACUAAUUCUGACCUGAUGCACAAGGAGAUAUUCCGGUUAAACAAGCUACUGGAAGAAAAAAUGAGUGAAUGCAUGAAAACAAAGAGAGAAUUAGAAGACGUGAAGAAGGCUAGCGAAGGAGAUAACGAGCGCAUACAGAUGCUGGAGCAACAGGUACUAGUUUACAAAGAUGAUUUCACAUCUGAGAGAUCAGACAGAGAACGAGCACAGGCUAAAAUACAAGAGCUUCAGGCAGAAAUUGCAUGUCUGCAGCACCAGUUGGCAAGAAGACAGGACCCAAGAGACACAAGUAGUCAUUUCAGAGUUCACCUUGGUAACCAAAAUCACAUGUAUGUACAGAAGAACGUUGAACAUCUCCGAGGCAAUAGCCCAGGCCAAACAGGCACGAGAAGAACAUCUUCACAACCUGAACAAGCUUCUCCUCCUGCGGACAAUGGAAACUCGGGAUCCGAGGGCAGGGCACAGGGUGAACUCAGAUGCCCUCAUUGUAUGAGGUUUUUCAGCGAUGAACUCAGCGAUGAAUUCCUUAAGCACGUUGCUGAAUGUUGUCAGUGACCACAUGAUGUGAGGCGUGUAAGUCAAUCACUACUUUACAGACAGCAAAACUUUGCUCCAUAUGUAUCCCCUACAGUCCUAAACCAGAGUAAUUCAAAUGGACACCUCUUAGGAAUUAGGAGGAUGAACAAUAUCUACCUCUUACUUGAUUUCACCUUCUCUUGGACUGUAUGAAAGACUUCAAGUAAAGUGUUUUAAUGAAGAACUAUUUUUGACAACUAUGAGGAAGGCAAGCAUGAUGCAAAUUCUACUACAAACUAAACUGAACCUUACAGUGGUAGUUCACUUCAGAGUGCAGCGUGACUUGUAUUUGAGUCUGAUUCUUUACAGCAGUCUGAAGGCUUGUGAAAAAAUGUACUGAACUUGAAAUUUUCCUCCUCUUCCAAAAAUGUAGGCUGAAGAACAGGGGAAGAGCAGCAUUUUGGCAGAAGAUAGGAAAAAAGAAAUCUUGUGUUUUAUCUGGAUUAAAAGUGAAAGUAUUUUCUUGUCUUUUGAGGCCGAAAUUUCAGACAUCUCAUCUGAAAAUCCGGGUGUUCAGCUGAAGUCAGAAGUGAAGAAAACAAAAAGGGCUGGUUAUUGACCCAAAACAGCCUGUCUUUUUUUGCACAGAAACAAUGUACAGGGAUAUUUAUUUUUUCUGUGCUGUAAGGAACUAUUUUACACAAUUGUAAAUGUGUAUUUGUGUAAUUAUUGACUGUAUUCCUAUUUUACAUAAGGAUUAUUUUUAUAAUAAAUGUGAUUGUGCAGUUGCUUUACUGCACUAGUGAAGUGGUCAAAUAUCUCUUUCAAUGUAAGUAUUUAAAUGUGAAAUACUCCCAGUAACUAUACUAAGGGCUCCCUAAAUGUCUUGGUUUCAGAUAUGAAUAAUUUCAUUACUUCAGUGAUAACUAGUGUCUGAGACUAUUUUCAAAUAUGUUGAAAAAUCACUCUUCGUGUGUGAGAGGAAGAAUGACCUUUCAGAUGCAUGAGAACACAUUUAACGGCCUACCCUGCCGCCCAUCUGCGAUGACACCACUGCUAGCUUAAAUAUCUUCUUAUCCUAUGUACACUGGAGACGAAAACUGCAACAAAUAGGGGACUGUUUUGAGCAGAAGUAUGAGAAGUUAAAACGCACAAAUGUAACAGGGUCACAGUUUUUUUCAGCCUUGUCUCCAGGUGUUUUUCACCAUGUCAGAGCUGGUAAAGGCCUGGUACAACCAGGACCUUUCAUAAUUAAAGAAAACUUACUUUGUUUACCACCA